AAAAUUAGGAUGCGAAAGAGGACUAGAUGCCUAAUAAGUAAUUAGCCCUGCAAAGUCGCGUGGGAGAAGUAUACGAGGACCUUCGCACGAAUAUACAAGCUAUUCAUGUAUGCUGUUCGUGCACGGUGAUAAGGCCGGACGCUGAUGCGAAUGGCUUCCCUUUCAAUUCGCCAUGAUCGCAUCCUUCCCCGGCCUCCUCUCUCGCGGCGAGCUCCUCGACCUGCUUCACAACUCCACCACUGUCUCCCGAGUCCACCAAGUGCAUGCCCAGCUGAUCACCCGAGCCCUGUUCAGCGACCCGUUCGUCGCAAGCCGGCUCCUUUCCACCAUCUGUGAGCUCUCCGCCCGCGUCCCUGCGUCUUAUGCCGAUCUCGUCUUCUCCCAGAGUCAUCAGCCGAGCACUUUCUCCUGGAACACCAUCAUCAGGUUCCAUGUCCGGGCCUCAAACCCCAACAAGGCCGUUCUGCUCUUCGCUCGAAUGCGUAAAGCUGGUGUCUUGACUGACCACUACACGUAUCCGUUUGUCCUCAAGGCCUGUGCUUUGCUGGCUGGACUCGAAGAAGGUGCGGCGAUUCAUGGGGAUGUACUGAAGAAAGGAUUGGGGGAGGAUCCGUUCGUGAUGAAUGGUUUGAUCAGCUUGUAUUGCAAGGGCGGAGAGAUCGCGGCGGCCCGGAAGCUGUUCGAUGGAUCUCGGUCGAGGGAUUUGGUAUCCUGGAACUCGCUAAUGGCUGGUUAUGUUAGCUGUGGAGACACCGCAGAAGCGGGGAGGCUUUUCGAUGCAAUGCCGGAGAGAGAUGCUUUCUCUUGGGCUAUCUUAAUCGAUGGAUAUGGAAAGAAGGCCGGGGACGUCAGCCGUGCUCGUGACCUGUUCGAUAAAAUGCCCAACAAAGACCUAGUUUGCUGGAACUCCAUGAUUGAUGGGUACGUGGGACUCGGCAUGAUGCGCGCUGCCAGAGAGCUGUUCGAUGUUAUGCCCGAAAGGAAUGUCAUAUCGUGGAGCAUCCUCAUCGAUGGCUACGUGAAACAUGGGGAUCCAAAGGAAGCUUUGGAGCUCUUCCAAAGUAUGCUUGGUCAGGGUGUAAGGCCUGACGUAAUCAGUGCAGUAGGUGCCAUUUCAGCGUGUUCUCAGCUGGGCGCACUCGAUCAAGGUCGAUGGAUACACUCCUACGUGAAGAAGCACAAUAUCUUAUUAGAUGUUGUAGUUGAAACUGCCCUGGUAGAUAUGUACAUGAAAUGUGGAAGCUUAGACCUUGCCCGGUUGCUCUUCGACGAAAUGCCUAGGAGGAGUGUGGUCACAUGGAGCGUGAUGAUUGUAGGACUUGGCAUGAAUGGGUUUGGAUGUGAAGCUGUGGAACUUUUCUACCAGAUGGAAAGAAGAGGAGCAACGAUGGAUGAUCUGACAUUCCUCGGCGUUCUGACAGCUUGUACUCAUGCCAGGUUGGUCUGUGAAGGACGUGAAAUCUUCAACAGGAUGAGGAGGGAUUUCAGGGUUGAGCCAAAGGUCGAACACUAUGGUUGCUUGGUGGAUCUCCUCGGCCGUGCAGGACGGUUGCAGGAAGCUAGAGAAGUCAUAGAAACGAUGCCGGGGGCUCCCACCUCAAGUUUGUGGGGUUCGCUGCUCGCGGCCUGUCGAACACAUCGAUGCGUGGAGUUGGCUGAGGUUGCAGUCGAGAAGCUGAAGAAGCUGGGAGCAGAUGAUGGCGGGGUGUAUGUCAUUAUGUCGAACAUAUAUGCAGCAGAGGGAAUGUGGAACCAAGUGUGGAAGAUGAGGAAGUUGAUGCGUGAAAGAGGGAUGAAGAAGGAAACAGGAAGGAGUGUAAUAGAGGUGGAUGGCAGCAUCCAUGAGUUUGUUUAUGGAGAUAGCUCACAUCCCUAUAAAGAGGAAAUAUAUGAAGUUCUUGGCAGUUGUCAAAUGCAAUGCCUUGAAAAGAUGAAAACAAUUGGAGGUGCCAUUUUGAUGCAGUGAGUCAUUGGAUUCUCUUGUGAAACCCACGAUAUGGGUUGAUAGCAUCCGUUCUAAGAGGAGGGAGGCAGACUUAAUGGAAUUAUCUCUAUGUAUGGGAGGAAAUCACCCUCUCCAGGUGGGAUACAAUGAAUGGGCUGGUGGAAGUUGCCAUAGUUGCUGGAGAGGGUGCAUGAGGGAAUAGACGACUGAAGAAAUCUCUCCAUAGCAAGUCUGGCAACUCUGAUGUCCAUGAACCAAAGGGCAGGAGCCAUCUUAGCACCCUCUUGAGAAGGAAGAGAUCCAGGUCUUGUUGGUCCAGAUCCAUAGCCGACCUCAGAGAUGUCAUCCAUGGAGCCAGGAGGCAGAUGGAGAAGCCAAACUGCAGCAGCCCAAGGUCUAUUGGGAGCAGUGAGGUGCUGAACCCCAUAGCCCAUGAGGUGGUUCUUAGUGACACCAGAUGUGAGCUCAAGAUAGCUACUGGACCAGGGAGUUACCAUGGGGGUGGUGGUGACGUGGGAUCCACCUAUGUGGGCACCCUCAGGCCUGGGACCCCAGGCCCUGGAGGAAGCAGCACCACAGCCCUAAGGAAGGCCACUUACAUCUUUGCAGAUAGACAGGGUUAUUCUUCACUUUCUGAUGCUGUUCUUGGCAAUGCUGGUGCUGAUCAUGCUUCUUUGAAAGUCUGGCCUUCUACUGGUCAUUCUAGUCCUUCACUCUGCCAUAGCUAUAGGGAGCAGUUUGGCAGAUGGGAGGAUUUGGAGGCACAUCAUCUGUCCAAGCAUGCAGUUAGUGAACUACUGGAAGGAAACUCUUCUAGGAAGAUAGGAGAAAUUAUAUGCAAAGCAAGUUGGUCAAAGUCUGAGAGCAGUUGUGGACGGCUACAACGAGUCCUUAAGGUCCAUAACAUGCAAAAGACUCACCCAAUCCGAAGAGUACUGAGAAAUGGAAAAGACUAGAGCCAGCAAGCUUCCUAAAAAGCACCUGCGAUGCUUGGCUGACGGAAAUGAACUGUUAAGGUUCUAUGGAACAACAAUCUGUUGUUCUCUAGGUAUACAUGGUUCUUCAAACCUUUGCACAUCAGAUAAGUGCAGCAUUUGCCACAUUCUAAGGCAUGGAUUCUCCAGAAAGAAGGAAAUGAAGGGAGGGGUGGAAGUGUUCACAACUUCCACAAGUGGGAGAGCACUAGAAUCAAUUCAAGUUAUUGAGGAUCAACCUUCUAUAAGAAAAGCCUUGCUGAUAUGUAGAGUAAUUGCAGGGAGGGUUCACAAGCCAGUGGACAACUUACAGAAUUUGGCUGGUCAGUCUGCGUUAGAUUCAGUGGCAGGAAAACUCGGUCCCCAAGCAAGUAUCGAGGAGCUUUACCUUCUCAAUGCAAGAGCUCUUCUACCAUGUUUUGCGGUAAUCUGUAAACCAUGAAAAAAUUUGAACUGUUACUACCUUUUGCGGCACUUCCGAGUCUAUAUCAAAUGCAUUUGACUACACAUGCAGUAUGAUUGUUUUAAAGCAUUGGAUUUUCCUUGAAGAGGACUUAUA